AUGAUUGCUACCAGGAAUUUCGCUGCUCCUGCCCGCCAAUACUUGCGGUCAACCCGUGUGGCCCCCAGUCUUGCGUCGCCUCGAUUCCAGCUCCGCCGUGGCUACGCUUCGACUGCUGAUGAUGAUCGAGUCGCCAAAUUCAAGGGUCAGAAGGGUCCUGAUGGCAAAUACACUGUGACUUUGAUCGAGGGUGAUGGUAUUGGUCCUGAGAUCGCCCAAUCCGUUAAGGAUAUCUUCGCUGCUGCUAAUGCGCCUAUCAAGUGGGAGCCCGUUGAUGUCACUCCCAUCCUGAAGGACGGAAAGACCGCCAUUCCCGACGACGCCAUCGCCAGCGUGCGCAAAAACUAUGUCGCUCUCAAGGGCCCCCUUGCUACCCCCGUUGGAAAGGGUCACGUUUCUCUGAACCUUACUCUUCGCCGUACCUUCAACCUCUUCGCCAACCUGCGUCCCUGCCGCUCUGUUGCUGGUUACAAGACUCCCUACGACAACGUUGACACUGUGCUGAUCCGUGAGAACACUGAGGGUGAAUACUCUGGCAUUGAGCACGUCGUCGUCGAUGGUGUCGUGCAGAGCAUUAAGCUUAUCACCAAGGAGGCCUCCGAGAGAGUGCUGCGCUUCGCCUUCCAGUAUGCUCGCUCCAUCAACAAGAAGAAGGUCCGCGUUGUGCACAAGGCCACUAUCAUGAAGAUGUCCGACGGUCUGUUCCUCAACACCGCCCGCGAAAUCGCCAAGGACUUCCCCGAUAUUGAGUUCGAUGCUGAGCUGCUGGACAACUCCUGCCUGAAGAUCGUUACCGACCCCACUCCUUACAAUGACAAGGUCCUUGUCAUGCCUAACCUGUACGGCGACAUUCUGUCCGAUAUGUGCGCUGGCCUGAUCGGUGGUCUUGGUUUGACCCCCUCUGGUAACAUUGGUGACGAGUGCUCCAUCUUCGAGGCUGUCCACGGUUCCGCUCCCGACAUUGCCGGCAAGGGUCUUGCCAACCCCACUGCCCUGCUUCUCAGCAGUAUCAUGAUGCUGCAGCAUAUGGGUCUCACUGAGCACGCUUCUCGUAUCCAGAAGGCCAUUUUCGAUACCCUGGCCGAGGGCAAGUCCCUCACCGGUGACCUUGGUGGCAAGGCCAAGACUCACGAAUAUGCCGGCGCUAUUAUCCAGCGCCUGUAA